CUACCGCUGCGCACUACGCAGUUUAAACUCCACCUCCCUACACCGUUACUGAAUUCUUCAAUUCUGUGAUGUUUUUAAUCCUCAUCUCCAGCCUUUUUCUGUUCCAACUACUAUUACUUUUAAUUUUCCCACAAAAAUCAACUCAUAUAGCAUUUAAAUUCAAAAAAAAUACAGGACAGAAAACAAAAAACAAAUCUUCCUAUCGUUCUCACUUCCCCCUCUCUACUACUACUCAGUACUCACCUGUCACUACUCCCUCUCCCCCCCCCUCUCUCUCUCUCUCUCUCUCUAUGUCUACUCUGCAACUCACUUUGUCUUAAAGAAGAAGAAAUGAAGACUUCACACUCUCUCUCUACAAAUUCAUAAAAUCACACCAUUCUUCUGUAUAUAUAAUUAAAUUUAUUUUUUGAUUUCUUUUCCUCUCUAUCUACUGAGCUGAAGCUUCUUCCACACUUGGCAACCUGCAUUUGCUUAAAAGCGUGAAACCAAAUUAAAUAAUGUUCUUCACUUUAUGAUUCACGCCAUGUGACCUCUGACACAUUCUUCCUCUUCUUCUUCUCCUUCUACUCUUUACUCCUCCCCCCUCUCUGUCCUAGGACACACACUAGUAUAUAUAGGGAAGGGCGGUGCUGGUCUCUCUCUUUAUUUAUUUUUUAUUGUGAAUAUCUGGUUGGUCGGUGGGCAAUGGCGGCGUCUUCAUCUAGAGGACGAAGCAGCUCGCCGUUUCACUACAGAAAGCAAUCGAGUCCGUACUCCUCCUCAUCGUCCUCGUCAUCUUUAAUGAACGGUCGGCUUAUGCCGCGCUCCUGCUCCUCCUCGGCAGCUUCAUAUUACGGCUCGGCAAAUGGAUACGCGACCAGAUCCAUGACCCCUGGCCGAAGUAGGAGUGAUUCGGCUUACUCGCGAGGUUAUAAUAGCCGUUCGCCAGUUGAUUUUCCAUCCGCGGAUGAGCUUAUGGCGGAGCCUGUGGAUACAUCAAGAUCGGGGGAUAGUAUUUCAGUCACCAUUCGAUUUCGGCCUUUGAGCGAGCGGGAAUAUCAGAGAGGAGAUGAGAUUGCUUGGUAUGCAGAUGGCGAUAAAAUUGUGCGAAAUGAGUACAAUCCUGUGACAGCUUAUGCAUUCGAUAGAGUAUUUGGACAAAAUACAAGUACGCAGGAGGUUUACGAAGUAGCAGCUCGACCUGUGGUUAAGGCUGCAAUGGAAGGGAUAAAUGGAACUGUAUUUGCUUAUGGUGUUACGAGCAGUGGAAAGACACAUACUAUGCAUGGUGACCAAAACUCUCCUGGCAUAAUACCACUGGCAAUAAAGGAUGUUUUCAGCAUUAUUCAAGAUACUCCUGGGUGUGAAUUCUUACUUCGCGUGUCCUAUCUUGAAAUUUACAACGAGGUGAUCAAUGACUUGCUGGAUCCAACUGGUCAAAAUUUACGUGUAAGAGAAGAUGCACAGGGAACUUAUGUUGAGGGUAUAAAAGAAGAGGUUGUUUUGUCACCUGGCCACGCUCUGUCGUUUAUUGCUGCAGGGGAAGAGCAUCGACAUGUGGGUUCAAACAAUUUUAAUCUAUUCAGUAGCCGUAGUCACACAAUAUUCACUUUGAUGAUUGAGAGUAGUGCCCACGGAGAUGAUUAUGACGGAGUUAUAUUUUCUCAGCUUAAUUUAAUAGAUUUAGCUGGAUCUGAAAGCUCUAAGACAGAAACAACUGGAAUUAGGCGAAAGGAAGGAUCAUACAUCAAUAAAAGUCUUCUAACUCUUGGAACUGUAAUUGGAAAACUAAGUGAGGGCAAGGCAUCUCAUGUUCCAUAUCGAGAUUCUAAACUCACCCGCCUACUGCAAUCAUCACUGAGUGGGCAUGGCCAUGUUUCUCUUAUAUGCACUGUAACUCCUGCAUCAAGUAACAUGGAGGAAACUCAUAAUACAUUGAAAUUUGCAAACAGAGCCAAAUGUGUAGAGAUUUAUGCCUCGCGUAAUAAGAUUAUUGAUGAAAAAUCGUUGAUUAAGAAGUAUCAAAAAGAAAUUUCAUGUCUUAAAGAAGAACUUGAUCAGCUAAGAAGGGGCAUGCUUGUUGGUGUGAGUCAUGAAGAGAUUAUUAGCUUAAGGCAACAGUUGGAAGAAGGACAAGUUAAAAUGCAAUCAAGAUUGGAGGAAGAGGAAGAAGCAAAGGCUGCUCUGUUGAGCAGAAUUCAGAGGCUAACCAAACUAAUCCUUGUUUCUACUAAAAAUACAAUUCCAGGAUGCUUGAGUGAUGCAUCCAGCCGUCAGAGGGCUCAAUCAGUGUGUGAAGAUGAUAAAUUGGAUGUUCUACGUGAUGGUUCUUUGCUCAUAGAUGGAGAGAAUCAGAAAGAUUCCUUAUCCAGCAAAUGGAAUGAUGAUAUGUCGCAAGCUGGAAGUACGAUUACCGAAUCAACUCAUGCGGGUGAAGUUAUCAAUGGUUCUUCCUGUAAUUUGAAACUGCCCACGGAUGGGAUGACAAUGUCAGAUCAGAUGGACCUUCUUGUUGAGCAAGUGAAGUUGCUAGCUGGCGAGAUUGCAUUCAGCAGUAGUACUUUGAAACGAUUGGUUGAGCAAUCUGCAAAUGAUCCGGAAAGCUCAAAAGAUCAAAUUCAGAAUUUAGAACAUGAUAUCCUAGAGAAGAAAAAGCAAAUGAGGAUCUUAGAGCAACGCAUAGUUGAGAGUGGUGAAGCGUCAAUUGCUAAUGCUUCUAUCGUUGAAAUGCAGCAGACUUUGAUGAAAUUGAUGACCCAGUGCAGUGAAAAAGGUUUUGAGCUUGAGAUAAAAUCAGCAGACAAUCGUAUCCUGCAAGAACAAUUGCAGAACAAGUGUGCAGAAAACCUGGAAUUACUAGAGAAAAUUAGUUUUCUGGAGCUCCAGCUAGCAUCAGCCACUGGUGACAAAUCAUCACCUUCUCCACCCUUUCCUGAGCAUUGUGCAUCAGAUGAAUAUGUUGAUGAGUUGAAAAAAAAGGUUCAGGUUCAGGAGAUUGAAAAUGAGAAGUUAAAGCUUGAGCAUGUCCAGUUUCUAGAGGAGAACAGUGGCUUGCGAGUGCAGAAUCAGAAAUUGUCCGAGGAAGCUUCCUAUGCAAAGGAACUGGCUUCUGCUGCUGCCGUGGAAUUGAAAAAUUUAGCAGGUGAAGUGACAAAGCUUUCGCUGCAGAAUGCAAAACUAGAAAAGGAAUUGUUGGCUUCUAGAGAGCUAAUAAACUCUAGGAGUUUGAACGUGCAAUCCGGAACUGGAGGCAAUCGUAAGAAUAAUGAGGGUCCUAGGCCUGGACGCAGGGGCCGUGUAUCUAGCCGAGUAAAUGAAGUUUCAGGACUGGUCCAUGAUGACUUUGAUGUAUGGAAUCUUGAUCACGAGGAUCUGAAAAUGGAGUUACAGGCUAGGAAGCAACGAGAGGCUGCCCUGGAGGCUGCCUUGGCAGAGAAAGAAGUUCUAGAAGAUGAAUACAGAAAAAGGGUUGAAGAAGCAAAGAAAAGGGAGGCAGCCUUGGAAAAUGAUUUAGCAAACAUGUGGGUGCUUGUUGCCCAGUUGAAAAAAGAAGGGGGUGCUAUACAAGAACCAAAGCACAAUGACAUUCAGAAUGAUAGUGGAGAACGUCCAAAUGAUUCCAAAAUAGAUGAUGUUUGUGAAGAUCAAAUUGUAGUAGAGGUGAAACCUCCAGAUCCAAUAAUACCGUCUGCUGGCAUUCACCGUGAAGAACCUCUUGUUGCGCGUCUUAAGGCUCGGAUGCAAGAGAUGAAGGAAAAAGAACUCAGGUACCUCGGAAAUGGAGACAUAAAUUCUCAUGUCUGUAAAAUAUGUUUUGAGUCCCCUACAGCAGCAAUGCUUCUUCCUUGCCGUCAUUUUUGUUUGUGUAAAUCUUGUUCCCUUGCAUGCUCCGAAUGCCCCAUUUGUCGAACUAAGAUUGCUGAUAGGAUUUUUGCCUUCACUUGACAAUGUAAUCCAACAUAAGGGUUUUGGUGUCUUUCACCAGUUUACCGUUUCAGCUUUGGCGGGUAAAUUCUUUUAUUAGUUAAACUGUAUGUAACUCUUUUAAGUGGCAUACGACUAUAUUUUCUUCGUAUUUCUUCCUAUGGGACUUUAAAAAGAAAAAGAAAAAGUUCACCAAAUGAGAGAGAGGAGAGAGAGAGAGACAGAUGCAAUCUUAUCCAGCAAGCUACUGCUUUAAUUCUGAAAGCGUAGUACUAUGCUGCAUUUUUUCUGGGUUGUGAUGUACAGAACACAUUAUCUACCAUGAGGGGUGUCUGCCCCCGUUUGUAUAAAAUUCUGGUUUCUUGAUUCUUUCCACUUUUACCAGUUUUAAAGUAAGCUUGUAUCAAAUGGGUGAAUUUGUGAGCCAAGGAGUAUAGAACA